CCAGCUGCAAAAAUACAUGCUGGCAGCCGAUAGAAGAAGAAAAAGAAGCAAAACAAGCUAAAAUCCAGGGACCAGAGCCCGUCUCUACUAUUACCUAACUGCUUCCCCUGCUCUCCAGAUGGUUCCAUUUUAGCCUGACAUUUGUGUUUAUUGGAAACGUGGAGAUGGGAACCCCUAGUGUUUUGUGGAAUAUUGCGAAGAAGUGUUUCACGGUUGGGGUUAUCACCCUUACAGUUUCGGACCUAUUUGCUAGUAUCGUCCAAGUCCGGGGUACCUCAAUGUGUCCAACAUUUAAUCCCAAAACCAAUAGCUUGCUUGAUUCAUUGAGUGAAGAUCGUGUUCUGGUUGAAAAGUUGUGCCUUAGAAAUUACAAAUUAGCACAUGGUGACGUGGUAGUUUUCAGCUCUCCAAAUAAUCACAAGGAGAAACAUGUAAAGAGAAUUGUUGGCUUGCCAGGUGACUGGGUCAGGACUAUUUACGACGUGGUGCAUGUUCCAGAAGGACACUGCUGGGUUGAGGGAGACAACUCGGCUUCCAGCUUAGACUCGAGGUCAUUCGGCCCCGUUCCAUUGGGUUUGGUUAAAGGAAGGAUCACCCAUAUAUUGUGGCCUCCACAUAGAGUAGGCAGCGUCGACAGAAAAAGUCCUCAAAACCGAGUUUGUGCCUCUUAAUUGGCAUCCCAAUUCUGAACAUCUAUCUGUUCCUUUCUUUUCUAUUCGAUUACAGCUUUUUACUCGCUUGAAGCACUUGUCAAAUGGCGUGGAAGAGUUCUUUCAUGGACAAGUGUUUCCAUCGGUUUCUAAUCAA